UGCAUGUUGUAGUAAGAGGACGCAGCCUUCCUGCUCUAGUUCUGAAGAUCCAUUUAUUGAGAGAACCCGAUAUAAAGAAAUGUUAGAAACAUGGAGAUAUCCUGAUCUCAGAGAAGAGUUAGGCACCCGUCACCACCAUCAACCGAAAGUAAAUACGGAGACACAGCCUGUCUUGCCUAGGAAGCUCAUUGGCUUUUCUGAUGAUGAAGAAGAACCAGCAACUCUCCCUCAAUGGACAGCAGUAAAUACGGAGACACAGCCUGUCUUGCCUAGAAAGCUCAUUGGCUUUUUGGAUGGUGAAGAAGAAGCAGCAACUCUCAUUCAAUGGACAGCAGCAUCUUUUCUUAUACAAAAUAAGAUGAACCACAAUCCAGAAAAAGACGUUGGACAGAAAGGAAACCUUUCAAGGAAACCUCGUACCCAUUUCUCCAGAUAUUUUGCAGAUAUUGAAGAAAAGAGACAUUACUACAAAAGAGAACCCUGGAGAGGUAGUACGAGGACGCGGCCUUCCCACUCUAGUUCUGAAGAUAUUGAAGAAAAGAGACAUUACUACAAAAGAGAACCCUGGAGAGGUAGUACGAGGACACGGCCUUCCCACUCUAGUUCUGAAGAUAUUGAAGAAAAGAGACAUUACUACAAAAGAGAACCCUGGAGAGGUAGUACGAGGACGCGGCCUUUCCGCUCUAGUUCUGAAGAUCCAUUCAUUGAGAGAACCCGAUAUAAAGAAACGUUAGAAACAUGGAGAUAUCCUGAUCGCAGAGAAGAGUCCACCCGUCGCCACCAUCAACCGAUAGUAAAUACGGAGACACAGCCUGUCUUGCCUAGACAGGUCAUUGGCUUUUCUGAUGAUGAAGAAGAACCAGCAACUCUCCCUCAACGGACAGCAGCAUCUUUUCCUAUACAAAAUAAGAUGAACCACAAUCCAGAAAAAGACGUUGGACAGAAAGGAAACCUUUCAAGGAAACCUCGUACCUAUUUCUCCAGAUAUUUUGCAGGCAAUUCCUCACCUGGAGCGACCACAUGUAUGAAAUAUUUCGUUCCGGCUCUCCUCGUCGUCCUGGCUGUGGGCGUAGCGGCUGUGCUUUACAUAUCACCAGAAGUCAAAAAAGAUCUAAAGGAUGACUUUGAGAACCUUACCAGCGUUUUCACCAACCAAUCUCCGCUAAUGUGGAAAAGAAGUAGAUUCAUUUUGGAGCGUCACCUGGAAAACUGGAAGAAAAAUAAAGAGCCCGCUAUCCUCCUCCUCACUGGUGCCAGGGAUGCAGAACAGACUCUGCUCUGUAUUGGCACCCAGCUAGCAGAUAUCUAUUCCUCCUCCCUUGGUGGUAACUACAAAGUGAUUUCAGGAUCAUACUGGGCAUCUAAAAGCAGCGAGGUGGUUAAAGCACACAUUGAUGAUCAUCUGAGCGCACAUUUCCAAGCCAAGACCAGUGCAGCCAUGCUGCAUCGCUUAGAGCUUCUGCCGUCUGGGUCGCUGCUGAUUCUCUACAAGUACUGUCACCAUAAAUCGGCCGUGUUCAAAAAUGUGAUGCUGCUGUUCACGGUGCUCUUGGAUGAGGCAACUCUGGCAAAGGACAUUCCACUUAAUAGUCUGGAAGAGACUGUGAGAGAGUUUUUAAUCAAAAAACUAAUUGACCCAGAGACCCAGAGCAUGGCCUCCCAUGGUUGGAUGGAUCUUGACAUGUUUAGUGGAGUCUGGAGCCUCAUAUCACACAUAGUGCUUCCUGUUUUCCCUGAAGAGAAUAUCCCGGAGCAGUGUGUGAAGAAACCAAUCUGAAGCAUGGUCCAAGGGAAUAGCAUUGGAUACCCCACCCAAGGAUUCCAAGGACAACGCCGUUGCAAAAGAAAAAAUAUACCGUAGAUUUGAAUCCAUUCAAUCACAGACUGUUCAGAUGAAGUUUUUUUCCAACCCCACGGACCGAUGCUGUCUUCAGCAAAUUUAAAAAAAUGUACUUACCUACAUGGAUCCUGCUAUUCCAUUUUUUAUUUUUCCUUCUGUUGCCUGUCGUCAUCUGACUCCUUUCUUCCCAUCAAAAUCACAGAAAAGAAAAACACAACUUUUAUUAAUAUGAUUGAAAGGAUCAAAAGGUGACCAUCCCUAAUACAUCCCUAAAAAAUGGAUUCCUUCCUAGGGAGCUGAAUAGCCGCCCUGACGAGCAAUCCCACUGUCUUCAGAGCUGUCCCUAGCUCACCCUAAUCUGUUAGGGGACAGAGCGGACGAAGGACAGAUAUACAGUGGGGUCAACAAUGGUGUACCAGUUAUGUGGCCUCCAUCGUAAAUAUAUGUAAACCACAGGCCACGCCAUGAAGAGAUACAAAGAAUACUCCUGUAAUGUAAUACUAGCCAAAAAUUAAACAAGUGUACCGAUGUCAAUACAUCAUCAUAGGCCCUACGCGUGUCUCCCCCACGUACUCAACCAUAGGGUUCAUCAGGAGCAAAAUCACUGAAAAGCUGUCUAGUUACUGCCACGGUGUGAAUGAUUUGAUAACUUAUGUACCGUGUUCACAUCAUAGGGUAUUUCUGUGGAGCGACUUGCUCUAGUACCUUUAGAGGUGUAUUCUCAUCCUAAACAUUCAUGACCUAUUGACUAGAUAUGUUAGCAAUGUCUGAUCAGGUCUGACCUCUGGGGUGGCCUACAACUAAGGGGUCCCUACUAAACCAAUAUUGUUCCAAUAAUGCAACACAGACCAUUAUCUUGAACCCAUUUUCUCUAGGCUCGGUGCGGGCCAGCCAUCAUUCUUUAGGCUUCAUGCACACGACCGUAUCCAUAUUUCAGUCCUGAAAACAGAGAUCGCUUCUGCAUUCUGCAUUCUUCCCAUUCCCAUCAAUAGAAAUAUGGAAUAGAAAUGGUUGUUUCCGCUAUAUGCUAUAAACUCUGGAACGGCCAUACAAAUCCACCAAACAAAAUUGGAUGGCCCUAUAAAAAUGAAUAGGUCAGGGUGCUACCCUAAAAAAAAAAAAAUGUAGAUAGCACACGGAGGAUAGAGUCUUGUGCAUGAGACAUAAAACUGCUUGUCAGCGUGGAUAGUCAACAUUAUUUUGUGUCAGUCUAUGAUCCCCAUAGAAAAACGGCUAAUUAUGACUUUUAGUUUUUUGGCAUCAGUUUUCAUAAAGAUAGCAAAAAAACUCAGUUUAUACAGCGAAUAAUUCUGAGUUAUGUAUCAAUGGGAAAUCACACCGCCAGAAAAGCUAAAAACAUGUAUACAAGUGCAGGUUUUAGAAAAUCUGCAUGUACUUAUGUUUGUGGUGAGGCGACUACCAGUCCUACUGCCAUAGACAGUGGCAACAAGAUUUAUGAAACUGUCUAGAAGGAAUAGCAACAAAUCACAGCGCAGCUUUCAUUCUAAAAGCGGAGGGCUACAUUAUAAUGUGAUUUCAUUAUCGGGUCUAAAAUCAUCUGCCCUUUCAUUUCUUAAUAUUAACUUUGCCUGCAUAGAUCUAGGGUUAAAUUAUACAAUUCUGGCUGCCUGCAGUCACCACUAGAGGGAGCUUAUAGUAUAUUAUUUACUAUUGGUUCUAUGUAUAAAUGUAUUCAGUAAAUUCCCCUAGUGGUAACCUCAGGCAGCCAGAGUUCAUCCAUUUGAGAGACCUGUAUCUCCAAUAACUAUAAAAAAUAUAUUAAAGGGGUUGUCCACGCUAUAAAUAUUAAUGACCCAUACUCAGGAUAGGUCAUUAAUAUCAGAUUGACACCCAGCAACACCACCAACCAGCUGUGGCACUGGAAAUUAUGUCGAUCAGGGGUGGUCGUGCUUGCACACUAUAGGAAAAGGCCUCAGCCUAUCUGCUGGCCGGGACCAUGGGAGCGCACAUAGGCCCGUGCUUUUUCCUAGAUUGUGCAAGCACGACCCCCGCUGAUGGAUUGCAGGGUGGUCUGUAACCAUGGAAACGAGCAGUGGUUAAUGUGAUAGAAAAAUUAAUCCAGCCAGCAAAGGAAGCAAUACAGACAAUAACAAUAUAUUAUUAAGUGGUUUGUAUUUACUUUCUAUACAUGAUAAAUGCCACUUACUGAAGUGACAACCCUUUUAAUCACCUAUCCCUAGGAUAGGUCAUCAAUAUCUGUAGCCUGGACAGCCCCUUUAAGAAAUUAGCAAAUAAUUUACUUAAAAUAAUGGAAAAUCAAAAUGGUAUUCAGGAGGAGGAGACAACCCCUUCCAGAAUGCAUCUCCCACCACCACGAGCAGAAUCGGCUGGUUGACUGACCAGACUUUUGCUCUACAGCUCCCUCUCCGCACAGCUGGCCAACCAUUUCAUACAGUCACAGCUCGGCUCUGCCAGAGAGUGACUCCUAAUAACCCUAUAGACAUGUGUUGUCUUCUCGAGAUUUCCAUUUCAUACUUUGCAUUUUGAUACAGUCUUUUGUUCCUGUCGUUGGAGGUUAUAGUCUGAAAUGCUAGUCCUAGAUAUAAGCUGAGUCUAGUGACUUGGUUCCAAAAUGUCCUCCUUGUACUAUGCUGGGGUAAUCUGGUUAAUUAUAGUUAUACAUUGUAUAUAAAAUUAAUGAGCCUAACGCCCCUGUGACAACACUCCCUUCCCUGUGUGCUGAUGAUUCAGUAUUGUCUUAGGGACCCUGUAUAGGUGUAAAUAUCCAGGUCCGUGCACAAUUAGGCCCCUAUCAGAUGAACGUAUGGCCGCCGUGCCCGUGUUGUGGACCGCAAACAGUAGGUCUGUAAUAGACUGGCAAUGGCAGUGUGAACUUCAUAUCGCGGAUGCGGACCCUUUGACUUGAAUUGGGCCGCGAUCCGCAACA